UCGAAACUGUCCUUCGGGAUUCAUUUACGUCUGAAUGAUCUCGCGCAUUCGCCCCAUAGUGGGCCGGGCGCCUGGGUCCUCUCGAGCGUACCUUGGGCUCACUCAAUUCGGGAAUAGAGCGUCAAAAUACGCCUUUCAUACCGACGGUCGAGCACGGAUAUCCAAUUUCUGGAUCCCAACGGGAGGGAUCACGAAGAAACCUGUUGAGGGCGAAAGAGAGGACACAAACGAUCUCUUAGUUAGGGGCGGCUUCUUGCGACAGGCCUAUGCGGGCAUCUUUCACAUGUUGCCGUUAGGCUUGCGCGUGCAGGAUAAGCUCGAGAAACUCAUAGAUAAGCACAUGCAGUCAGUUGGUGCGUCUAAAGUGUCAUUGUCAUCGAUAUCAGCCCAAGAGCUUUGGGAGCAGUCUGGACGCCUAAAGGAGGGAUCAGAUGUCUUCCGUUUCCUGGAUCGCAAAGAAGCUCGCUUUCUUCUGGCUCCUACCCAUGAAGAGGAGAUCACCACCCUUGUUGGAAGUCUUACCAAGUCUUACCGAGACUUGCCCGUGCGUGUGUACCAGAUCUCAAGGAAAUAUAGAGACGAGCAACGACCGCGGCAAGGCCUACUUCGCGGUCGAGAAUUCAUUAUGAAGGACAUGUACACCUUUGACUACAGCCCUGAGACCGCCCUUCAGACCUACGUAGCGGUCAAAGGCGCCUACACGCGGUUGUUCGACGAGCUGAAGAUUCCCUACCUAGUCGCUGCCGCCGACUCUGGUAAUAUGGGCGGAAGCUUGAGUCACGAGUUCCAUUUCCCCAGUGCAAAGGGCGAGGACACAGUCAUUAGCUGCACCAGCUGCGACAGCGUGUACAACGAAGAGCUCGCUGACGGCAAGGCCCACUCUGGCGAGGAGGGCCAGAUGCAGACUCAGCAGAAGCCCGGCUUCGACACGGGCGAAACCUCCGGCGAGGCCACGCCAGCCGUCUCCGUCGGUCUCUGGAUGUCCAUCUCGAAAGACAAGAACACGUUGCUGCGGUGCUGGUUCCCGCAAUUCACCGUCCAGGAGACCCCUGUGGAGAGGGAGGUGAACUCGCACGCCGUCAAGUCGAUUGCCGAGGCCGCUGACAUGGAGAUCGAUAUUGGCGUGGAGAACCCACUGCAACAAUGGGCCGCACACGUCAAGUCCAACAGGUCGUCCGGUCAGCGCCCGCGCAUUGUCGACCUGUACGAUUCGCGCGUGCGCGCGUUCAAGCGCCCGCCACUAACCGACACCCUGCAGGCGGCCGGCUGCACGGUGGAAGACGUGGACUUUUCGAAGCUGGAUCGCUUCCCCGGCACCAACGACUACCUGAACGUGGUCAGGGUACACGAGGGUGACCGAUGCGCCAAAUGCGGCGAGGGCGUGGCGCAGACGCACAAGGCCGUCGAGCUCGGUCACACAUUCCUUCUGGGCACCCGUUACAGCGACGUCCUCAAGGCCACCGUGAUGGUCGAUCAAUCUGCCAUCACGAAAGGCAAAGAUAACGCUGGCCCUCAAACGGUGCCAAUGGAGAUGGGGUGCCACGGGAUCGGCGUUUCCCGCAUGAUCACCGCGGUGGCGGACAGCCUAGCGGAUGGCAAGGGCCUGAACUGGCCUCGCGUCAUCGCGCCGUACGAAGUUAUCAUCGUGCCAGGCAAGGGACUCGAGGCGGAUGCAGAGAAAGUUUACGAUGCACUGACUGCGGCGGUGGCGCUUGGUUCUCCAGCCUUGGACGUGAUCCUGGACGACCGCGACAAGCAGAUGGGGUGGAAGCUCGGCGAUGCCGACCUGAUCGGAUACCCGGUAAUUGUGGUGGUCGGCAAGGGGUGGAAGAAGCAAGAGACGUUGGAGGUGCAAUGUCGUCGGCUAGGUGUGCGCGAGGAUGUACGUCUUGAAGCUCUGCCGGCGUUUGUGCAAUCUUUGCUGCAGCGAUUGUAAGCGUUUAGGCUGCGCGGGGCUAUGCUGGAGGCUGGUGUCGGGGCUGAGCCGGGAAGCUUUGUACGAUAGGUUGAACAUGAAUAACUUUGAACAAGAUUGGCGGAAGUUAUCCCCACUGAUGAAGACUGAG